AUGUCUGUACCAAGAUUCCAAAAAUCAAACUUUGGGACAUACGAUAAUUACAUUCCAGUCAGUGAAGUAAGCAAAAAAUCAUGGAAUCAGCAGCACUUUGCCCUACGAUUUCCCAAACCCCCACGACCAGGACGAAAAAGGAGAUCAAAACCUUCCCAACUAAGAGAUCAAUCAGUUAUUGUGAAUGAAGACAAAAGAAAGGAGGAAGGCCGUAGACGACCACUAUGGAUGCACCGUUCUUUAAUGACAAUUUCUGAGAGGCCAUCUGAAUAUUUAGCAGCCAGGAGGAAACCUCCAACUAAAGUCAGUUUACAAAUGGAGGAGGUUAAAAAAGAACCUACACCCCCAGUUCCUAAGGAAGAGGGCAUCAAGAAAGAAAUAACAGAAGCAGAACCCAAAACAAAGCCAAAAAAAGAUAAGGAUGUUCCAGCAAAAGCAGAACCCCCGAAAGAUACUGCAGUUAAAAGUCCCAAGAAAGAGAAGGGCAAGGAUUCAGGUACAGAAUCAGAAUCCGAGAAAGGUUUAAAGAAAGAUGCAAAAUUGGAAAAGAAAGCUUCAAAAAAAAAGGCAGUAGUUAAAGAUUCAGGUACAGAAUCAGAAUCCGAGAAAGGUUUAAAGAAAGAUGCAAAAUUGGAAAAGAAAGCUUCAAAAAAAAAGGCAGUAGGUAAAGAUUCAGGUACUGAAUCAGAAUCCGAGAAAGGUUUAAAAAAAGAUGCAAAAUUGGAAAAGAAAGCUUCAAAAAAAAAGGCAGUAGUUAAAGAUUCAGGUACAGAAUCAGAAUCCGAGAAAGGUUUAAAGAAAGAUGCAAAAUUGGAAAAGAAAGCUUCAAAAAAAAAGGCAGUAGUUAAAGAUUCAGGUACAGAAUCAGAAUCCGAGAAAGGUUUAAAGAAAGAUGCACAAUUGGAAAAGAAAGCUUCAAAAAAAAAGGCAGUAGGUAAAGAUUCAGGUACUGAAUCAGAAUCCGAGAAAGGUUUAAAAAAAGAUGCAAAAUUGGAAAAAAAAGCUUCAAAGAAACCGACAGGUUUCAAGGACUCAGGCACAGAAUCAGAAUCUGAGAAAGGAGGUGCAAAGAAAGAAAAGAAAGGGUCAAAGAAAGGCAAGGGUUCAGGUGGAGAAUCAGAAUCUGAGAAAGAAGGUGCAAAGAAAGAAAAGAAAGGGUCAAAGAAAGGCAAGGGUUCAGGUGGAGAAUCAGAAUCUGAGAAAGAAGGUGCAAAGAAAGAUAAGCAACCAUCAAAGAAAGGCAAGGGUUCAGGUACAGAAUCAGAAUCUGAGAAAGGAGGUGCAAAGAAAGAAAAGAAAGGGUCAAAGAAAGGCAAGGGUUCAGGUGGAGAGUCAGAAUCUGAGAAAGAAGGUGCAAAGAAAGAAAAGAAAGGGUCAAAGAAAGGCAAGGGUUCAGGUGGAGAGUCAGAAUCUGAGAAAGAAGGUGCAAAGAAAGAAAAGAAAGGGUCAAAGAAAGGCAAGGGUUCAGGUGGAGAGUCAGAAUCUGAGAAAGAAGGUGCAAAGAAAGAAAAGAAAGGGUCAAAGAAAGGCAAGGGUUCAGGUACAGAAUCAGAAAGUGAGAAGAAAGCAGAAAAGAAAGAACCAACAAAAGAUGAUAAAGGUUUUGAGAAGGACAAGAAAAAGUCAAAGAAGGACAAGAAAAGGGAAGAGAGCAAAAAAGAAAAGUCUAUUGCAGAUAGUCCAUCCAAGGAAAGUACAAAGAAAGAUGCCAAGAAAGAUGCCAAGAAAGAUGACAAGAAAGAUGACAAGAAAGAUGACAAGAAAGAUGACAAGAAAGAUGCCAAGAAAGAUGCCAAGAAAGAUGACAAGAAAGAUGACAAGAAAGUUGUAAGUCCAGAUGCAACUUCAAAGAAGGCUUCAAAGAAGAAAAAGUAG